ACUCAAUAGAAGAAAUCAAGAAAGCCAAGCUCUCCCUGAUCCUAUAUAUAUUGUUCGACGCUGGCUCACACUUGCCUCUCACCCAGACAGAUCGAGCUACACACUGAGAUAGUAGCUAGCUAGCUGAAGAGAUCGAUCUAAGUAGAGCAACUGAUCAGCAGAUCGAGUGAUCGAAUCAGCUAAGCUAGCUAGCGAAGAUGGCGUUCAGGAGGUACAGGGCGCUGCCGCAAGGGGAGGUGACGGUGGAGGAGUUCAGGGCGUGGCUGGGGCAGUUCGACGCGGACGGCGACGGGAGGAUCAGCCGGGACGAGCUGCAGCGCGCGCUGCGGAGCCUCAACCUGUGGUUCGCGUGGUGGAAGGCGCGCGCCGGGGUGCGCGCCGCCGACGCCAACCGCGACGGCGCCGUCGCCGGCGACGACGAGGUCGCCACGCUCUUCGCCUUCGCGCAGAGGCACCUCAACGUCAAGAUCGCCGAGCUCGGCGCCUCCUACUACUGAAUUAAUUAACCUCCCUCUCUCUCAUACUGUGAUCGACAAGUGUGCGUGAUCAGGAUCGAUGUACGUACGUAACUGUGUGAGAUUGCGCGCUGUGCUGUGUAUGUUUGUGUUUUUGCACAUCUUUUGUGUUGACUUGAUUUUGGUCUCGGAGAUUCCACUCUCUAUUUUUACUCUCGUUUCAUCGAUCACUGCGGGAUUUGGAGAAAUUAUGUGUGA